AUGGUCCGCGUAUGCAGAGUGGUGCCAAAAGAAUGGACAAGAUACUCUCCGCUUGGCACAGUGAUACCGCGAACGCGGUUCAUUGUGUUCAAAACACCGUUGAAUGAUCGACUUCUCACAAAAGUCGAUCGUACUCAGCGGUUUACGGUCUGGAAUCUCAUGUGGAUGUUAGCCGAGCGUGGAUUGCGGCUAGGACUUGUGGUGGACUUAACAGACACAGAUAGGUACUAUGACAAAGAUGAAAUCGAAGGGCUCUGCAUACAGUACCAGAAAAUCAGCUGUCCUGGUAGAGGUUUCGUCGAAAGAACAGAAUGUGUGUCUGAAUUCAAUAAGGCCAUUCAGGACUACAUAGAUAAGACGGAUGAUGAAGAAGCUCUUAUCGGUGUUCAUUGCACAAAUGGUGUAAAUCGAAGUGGAUACCUCAUUUGCCGGUUUCUCAUUGAACGAUUGGGGUGGUCUUCUCAUGAAGCACUGGACGCCUUCGAACGUGCGAGAGGCUACCCCAUUGAAAAAGGCUCGUACGUGCAAGCACUUCACAAGGCAGCUAUUGAUGCUCGCAAUAAAAGGGAUUUGUCGGAUAGUGAUUCCGAAGAUCAUCGCCGAAAAUCUAAGAAGUCCAAGAGGAAGCGUGAAAAAGAUGAAGCGGCGAGCUUUUCUGAUAGUGCGAGUCAGAUGGGCAACAUAAUGCAACAAUUCUUUGCUCAGUUACAGGGCGCCCAUCAAGCAGCAGAAUCCGGAAAUGGGUCCGGUUACGAUGGUUCGCCGGCGCAAAGCGGCAGCUAUGCGUCACCAGCACAACAGCAUUGGGCCUAUCAAUCUAAGCCACAAACUCAUGUCAAAAAUGCAUCGUAUACGGACAGUCCAGUUGAUCAAACCGUACAGGAUGAGGAAAUGGAGGAAGGCGAGGACAUGGAAGGAACCGAAGAAAUGGAACACGGAGCAGAGCAACCACAAGUGAAAUCAACUGCCCAGAAACGUCGUGAUCGUCGCCAGCGUAUGAAAAAUAUGUUGUCCGUUAUGAAACGCGGUCGGUUUCAUGAAAUCCAAGAAAUGCAGCCUAGUAUGGGUAUAAAUGUGAUGCCCUUUGAUCUUCAGCAGCAGCGGAAGCAGUAUCGAGCCCCAUUCAAGAUACAUUUCGUCCAGUGGAAUCCGUGUUCGGAUUUAUUGGCUUUGGCCUCUCGAAAAGGUGAGGUGAUGGUUAAAAGGAACGCGUGGAAACGCUGUUGGAAGGUAAAUGUGUCGGAACUGACGGCGUUUCCGGAACCACAAUGCUCAAAGCCGGCUUCGGUAGAAUCAAUAACUUGGUCUCCUGAUGGAGCCAUGCUAGCAGUUGCAAUGAGCGAUGGGCAUCUUCAUCUGAUUGAGGCUGAAGAGGGGAUUGUGCGAUGGUCCAGAAGCCUAGGUCCCAGUAGCUGCGCUCAACGAAUGCGAUGGUUUUGGAGUGGAAGCCCACCCCCAGUGAAGAUGGAAUGGAUAAAAGACUGGCCGAUGUACGAUGAAGUGAAAGCUGCUGCAAGUAUAUUUGGCAAUGCAGACGACAUUCUCGAUGAACGGAUUAGUAAAACACUUCUAUAUGAAAACUUAUACAGAAAAUCCUUGAAGGGAACUAUACUGUUUAUGAUUCGUGACGACCUGGUAGUGUUGGCAUUAGCGGGUGGCUUGGUACCUGUUACUGAAAUACGGUUGGUGGAGAAGAUAGCUCAUUUGAAGUUGGAUGUCAUUUCCAUAUAUGAUGUACUGUACUCUCAAAAGGACGGCCUCACCAUUGCUGUUACUGAUUAUGGACCUCGUCCAAAAUUGGACGACAUGGAUCGUGACUCAGUCUGCAAACGUACCUCAGCUCGCCUUUCUGGAGAGAAUGUCGCCGAUCCAUUAAAGGGUGAAGAUUUUUCUGCGGAGAAGAGGUUCGGUGUUCCAGUGUUCGUGCCAGAAGCGGUCAACUGCCCACACACUCAUUUGAUCAAUAUCGAUUUCAAACUAGAAAAUGAGAAACUGCUGUGGGAACUUCUUCUGAGGUUUCUUAAAAUGUAUCACUGCCUAUUGCACUUUACUUAUUCGGUGGAAAUGUCAAAGAAGGAUUGGGAAUCCGAGAGUAAGAUAUUUGCUAAUCGCUUGAACAGCAGCGCUCGUGAUCUUCACAUCGGUGUCUCAUUGUUGAACAGUUUACUAGGUGGCACUCCUGGACCCUUAGCGGACAGGUGGCUGGAACGAACUCUCGGUGUCGUGGGAAUCCACUCAAUGCAGGAGUUUGUGGACAAAAGAUUCAGCGGACUUGUCGCCUUUCUGCGAGGGCAGGUAUCGGCGUCUGCACGAUCUCUCGCGUUUCAGAUGGAUCAGUUCCGGGAACUUGUCAAAGAGAUGCAGGAAGAAGCGACAGAUUAUGAAACAAUAACACUUUCACAGGACGGAAACGCCUCCGUCAAUCUUGCCCUUGGCAAACAACUAACUAGCUCGGUAUUAAUUCCGGAUGUGAGCGCGGACUGUGUGUUUGAUGCCGUUGAUGCAGCCACCUGCAAAGCUAUACUUGAUCGUUUGCAUGACGAUGGUAUUAAAGUGCAAGUGAAAUGCGAAGAAAUGACGUUAGCGGCCACUAGCAAUUUAAGGGAACUUUCACAACUGGUACGUUGGAUGUCUUUGUUGACACCAUUGCUGAAGAACUCUAAAAGACCUGCUCAAGUGAUCGAACAAAAUCGGAAAUGGGAUGUAGCACAACUCUUGGAGUACCUCGUGGGCACGUUCGUCACAGAAUUGGGUGAGCGAGAAUGUCUGACCAAGUCGCUAUUCAAAAUAGAGGAGAUUUUAAAGGAAAUGAGAGCAGAAGAAACCAAAGAGAAUUUUGAUGAAGACGAACUAAUGAGGGACGUAGCCGAGGAAUGUUCACCUAUCAAAGAAAGAGACGAUCGCUCUCUCGGCGAACUUUUAGCAGCUGGACGGAAGGGUAACACUCCUGUAUUGGACUCUCCAAUGUGUGGAAUAUCUGAAACAUCAACAUCACAUUCAAGUCAAAGUGCGCGACCGGUUCAUAGCGAAUAUGUUCUAGAUAAGGUGCACACAUUCUGGAGAGAAGGCUUGGAUAAAGCAACUCUCGACUUGUUAGGAGAGCGUUUCGCUCUGGAUGGAGUAAGAGAAGUGAUAAAUUCGACGACGAAGAGUUUGCAAACGGUUGUCAAAGAAGUUAUUCACCUAGUACAGGCAUCGAGUCUGCUAGCCGUUCAGAACAACACGAAUAUGAAUGUGAAAUGGAUGUAUGAAUUAGCAUCUGACGCAUCGCACUGCGGCUUCGAUUCCGUGGGAUUAUCAACAUUCCGUUGGUCUGAUCCAAAAGAUCACGAUGCUUAUGAAAGGAGGUUGUUUAACGCAAAGGAAAAAAACAUGGAAGGUGCGAUUUGUGUAUCCACUGUUUCUCGUGAUGGGCUGACCUGCGAGUACUUAUUACCACAUGCAUGUGGCAAACUUAAAGCAGGAAUUCAGCAGGAAAUUAGUCUGGCCGUGGUUAUGCAACCAGGGGGGUUCGUUGAGACAACACCAGUGCAGAGCGAAAUGGCGCAAAGAAUGGAUCAAUCCCCGGAUGAUGGGCUGUUACAGUUGGUGACGGAUGAGAAUGUUAUCUUUGGAAACAUUGUCAAGUUCCUCUCGGUGGACAUGUUUGCUGGCGGCUACGCAUACACUUUAGCGACAUUCAAAUCGGAAGGUGGAGAGAUAAAUCGACUAAUGCGAAAACAUCCAGCCAUAGACAUUUGGUUUGUGCACAGUGGUCUGCUGUCUGAAAUAUCCGAGUCGGUGAUGCUGUCGACAGAUCGAAAACAAGGCUGCAUUAUUUCCGAAGAAGGCACAAGGAUAGCGUUGUUUCGCGUGCAGAACACAUCGUCUGAAGAACAGCAGUCGACUUUGCUGACGGAAGCACCAUCUCAUCGCCCUGCUCUACAACUGCUCCCUCAUCAUCACAUGCGGUACAACUACAGCAGCAGUUAUUCUGAAAACUGGGUCUCCGAUUGUGCACCACGGUUUAUACAAAAGCUCUGCCCGAGGCCAGCAAAUUAA